UCCAGCAGCAACAGCGAACAUGAGUCUGAAGGUUCUGGCUAUCCUUUUAGCCAUAGUCCUCUCUUCUGCUGCUGUUCACGGUUUCCUAAUGUUCCGGGGGAGCCGGUGCCUUUGUAGAAGCUCUAGAGUUGAGUCAGUAAAUCCAGAAAACAUUAAAAAGGUCUCCAUAAUUUUUCCAAGUGGGAGCUGUGACAAAAAAGAAAUAAUUGUCACCCUGAAAAGAGGUAUGGCCCAAAUGUGCUUGAAUCCAGAAUCCAAACAAGGAAAGCUUAUCCUGAAGAGAAUUAUAAAAAAGAAUUCUUAAAAAGGAAGAUCAUAAAGUAGCAUACAGGACUUCAAAACUUCGAUUAAGUCUUUUCAUGACCACUAAACCACUCACUACCCACUCUAAAAAUGAUGGGGCAUUGGAGGAAAUGGCCUUUCUGGUCCUUUCCAGGUCUAGAUCCAUGAUCCUAUAACCCACCCUCUAGUCUAGACAACCUCUUUCCCUGUUUCAGCCUUAUUCAUCUGUGAACUAGCUCAGCGAAAUGUCUCGCCCAAGAACCACCAAGCAGCUCUGCUGUCUAUAGGUGGGGACACAGUGUCUGUGAAAAGCUUUUUUCCUUCUUAUAACUGACUGAAUCUCUUGUUUUGGUUACAGUGUCUCAUGUUACCAUCAGGAAUUAUAUCAGUGACAUCAACAUAUAUUACUAACAACAUUUAUUAUUAGUCAAAAUAUGAUAGAUCCAAAUUCAUAAAUGCUAUAGGAAAUUAUCCGAGUAACGAAUCAUUUCACACACAAAGCAUGGUUAUCUUUUGGAUAAAAAAACCCGCACCUUAUAGUUAGUGAGGGAAGAAUUAGUAUUCCUCAUAGUGUUGUUAUAACAAAGGAUUAGCUUAAGUGCCAUUGUAAGAGGAAAUUAAGAACUAGGGAAAAGGAGAGGAGCUGAGAUGUCCCAACUUAAAGUGGCAGUUCUAAUAGUGACUCAAGGAAACAGGUUCACGUAUUUUUUUCACUGAAAUGUACAUUUUAGUUUUUUUCUACUUUUGGAAAUGAUAAAUUGAACUGCUGUAGACAUGCUUAAAGUGAGAAAUAAUUUUGUAUGCUAAAGAAAUGUACUGGAAAAUAAAUCAG